GUUCAAAAAAGUCCCGUAGUAAAGGAGCAAUGAUGGCUCUGAAAACGACGUCUCACCACAACCUCGGCGCCGUGCCGCCACCGGCGGUGGAGACGAAUCCCGCCACGACAAACAAUGCCGGGAAGACGGUGGUGCAUAAGACAUUAUACUGGGGCCAUGAUGCUCAAGUCCUGUUCACCGGCUGGCCCGGUACCAACUCCGCUAUGUACGCAUUGGCGGUGAUUUUCGUGUUCGUUUUGGCGGUGUUCGUGGAAUGGCUUACUUAUUUAAACUUCAUGAAGCAAAGCGCCGACAAUGUGUUGACGGUGGUGCUGCAGACCGCGAUACACGCAGUACGUACUGGUUUGAACUAUAUGGUGAUAUUAUCAGUGAUGUCGUUCAACGGCGGGAUCUUCCUGGCGGCGGUCGGUGGCCACGCAGUGGGCUUCGUUCUGUUCAGAGCCCGAGUCAAAAGAAAGGCCGAGUCCGAUUCCCCCAAGCCCAAUGGACCAUGAACAUUCUAAUACGAGCCUAGCUCAUGCGCACCUUUCCCUUUAUUUUGCCAUCAUAUCAAUAAAU